AUGACCUUGCACAAUAACAAUACAACCUCACCUUUGUUUCCGAACAUCAGCUCUUCCUGGAUUCACGGCCCUUCCGAUGCAGGGCUGCCCCCAGGAACGGUUACUCAUUUUGGCAGCUACAACAUUUCUCGGGCAGCUGGGAAUUCCUCCUCUCCAAAUGGCACCACCAGUGACCCCCUGGGAGGUCAUACCAUCUGGCAAGUGGUCUUCAUUGCAUUCUUAACGGGCGUCCUGGCCUUGGUGACCAUCAUUGGCAACAUCCUGGUGAUAGUGGCAUUCAAGGUCAACAAGCAACUGAAGACUGUCAACAACUACUUCCUCUUAAGUCUGGCCUGUGCUGACCUGAUUAUUGGGGUCAUUUCAAUGAAUCUGUUUACUACCUACAUCAUCAUGAACCGAUGGGCUUUAGGGAACUUGGCCUGUGACCUCUGGCUUUCCAUUGACUACGUGGCUAGCAAUGCCUCCGUCAUGAAUCUUCUGGUCAUUAGCUUUGACAGGUACUUUUCCAUCACGAGGCCGCUCACGUACCGAGCCAAACGAACAACAAAGCGAGCUGGUGUGAUGAUAGGUCUGGCUUGGGUCAUCUCCUUCAUCCUUUGGGCUCCUGCCAUCUUGUUCUGGCAAUACUUUGUUGGGAAGAGAACUGUGCCUCCAGGGGAGUGCUUCAUCCAGUUCCUCAGCGAGCCCACCAUCACCUUCGGCACGGCCAUCGCUGCCUUUUAUAUGCCUGUCACCAUUAUGACUAUUUUAUACUGGAGGAUCUAUAAGGAAACUGAAAAACGUACCAAAGAGCUUGCUGGGCUGCAGGCCUCUGGGACAGAGGCAGAGGCAGAGAACUUUGUCCAUCCCACAGGUAGUUCUCGAAGCUGCAGCAGCUAUGAGCUUCAACAGCAAAGCAUGAAACGCUCAGCCAGGAGGAAGUACGGACGCUGCCACUUCUGGUUCACAACCAAGAGCUGGAAGCCCAGCGCCGAGCAGAUGGACCAAGACCACAGCAGCAGCGACAGCUGGAAUAACAAUGACGCUGCUGCCUCCCUGGAAAAUUCCGCUUCCUCCGAUGAGGAGGACAUUGGCUCGGAGACAAGAGCCAUCUACUCCAUCGUGCUCAAGCUUCCAGGUCACAGCACCAUCCUCAGCUCCACCAAAUUACCCUCGUCAGACAACCUGCAGGUGCCGGAGGAGGAGCUGGGGGCAGUGGACUUAGAGACGAAAGCCAGCAAACUGCAGGCCCAAAAGAGCAUGGACGACGGAGGCAGUUUUCAGAAAAGCUUCUCCAAGCUUCCCAUCCAGUUAGAGUCAGCCGUGGACACAGCCAAGGCCUCUGAUGUCAACUCCUCAGUGGGCAAGACCACGGCCACUCUGCCUCUGUCCUUUAAGGAAGCUACUCUAGCCAAGAGGUUUGCUCUGAAGACCAGAAGCCAGAUCACUAAGCGGAAACGGAUGUCCCUCAUCAAGGAGAAGAAGGCGGCCCAGACCCUCAGCGCCAUCUUGCUUGCCUUCAUCAUCACCUGGACCCCCUACAAUAUUAUGGUUCUGGUGAAUACCUUUUGUGACAGCUGCAUCCCCAAAACCUAUUGGAAUCUGGGCUAUUGGCUGUGCUACAUCAACAGCACCGUGAACCCCGUGUGCUAUGCCCUGUGCAACAAAACAUUCAGAACCACUUUCAAGAUGCUGCUGUUGUGCCAGUGUGACAAAAGGAAGAGGCGCAAGCAGCAGUACCAGCAAAGACAGUCAGUCAUUUUCCAUAAGCGGGUGCCCGAGCAGGCCUUGUAG